AGGAAGGAGGGAGGGAGGGAAGGCAAGAGGAGGGCACGCAGUAAACGACACAUAAUGCACAGCGAGUAACGGGAAUGUAAGCUGUCAGUGUCCUGAGCUGCACACAGAUCUCAUUAAAGGAUGUAUCGACCGUCACAGCACAGUGUGUGUGGAGCCUGACAUUCCUCGCAGGGCUGUGUGUGUGUUAUCACUGCGCCUGUUUCAUUGGCGAGCGUGUGUUUGGACAUCUAACCCCCCUCCAACCCUGUCACCACGACAACCAUGGACUGCGGAUUUCGUCUGCCGCCCGUCAUUGAGGAGGUCUUGGAUCCUGCAGACGAUGUGUGCGACUUCAAAGCGGAGCGGCCAGGUUUAGGCAGAGAAAUGACGGCCAAAGAGCGAGGCUCACUGGAGGAUAACGAGGAAAGAGACCAGGAGGAGGUGGAGGCCGGAAAUGGAGAGAAGGGGCAGGAGGAUGAGCGGGAGAAGAAGGAGGUGAAGGAGGGGGAAAGAGAGGAGCAAAGAGGAGUGGAUGAAGAAGAUGAACUGGAGGUACUGAGGUCGCAGGUGGUGCAGCUGCUCCUGGAGCUGGAGGAGACCAGAGAAGUGUCGCAACGACACGAGGAGAGCUACAACGAGCUUCAGGGUCUUUUGGAGGAAGAGCGGCUGGCAAGCGCCCACCAGGCUGAGAGCUUUACGAGACAGAUCCAGAGACUUCAAGCCCAGCUGCGUUCAGUGCAAGAGGAGCUGGACAGUCUUGAGGAGGAGAAGGCCAGCGAGCUGUGGGAGGCGCAGGAGGAGCUGCGUGUGGCACAGGAGGAGGUGCAGGAGCUGCAGCAGGCGGCGGAGGAGGCGGCAGCGGAGCGAGAGAAUGACAUCGCCCUGCUGCAGGAGGAACUGUGCCGCGUGCGUGCCGCGCUGGAGCGUCUGCGCGGCACCACGCAGGAGUACGAGCUAGAGCUGACCACCCUGAGGGCUGAAAUCAGCAUGAAGAACCAGCGCAGAGAAGAGCAGGAGAAAGCAGGAGGAGAAGGUGAUAUGGACCAGCUGAUGGAGGAGUGUCGCUGCUUGAAGGACGAGUGUCAGACUCUGAAGAAUGACAACAAGCAGCUCUCUGAGAAACUGGAGAUGUUGGAGCAGCAGCGAGCCAGCUCAGCUGAAUCAUGCCUGGCCCUCAAAGCAGAGCAGAAUGAUGGAGAAAAUGACACAGAAAAAGAUGUAGAAAAAGAGGUGAAGGCUGAGGGUUUCGUCAACACGUUGGAAGUAGGAGGUGGGAAUCAGAUGGAUGCUUACACCCAAAAGAACAUCUCGUUUGAGGGGAAACCCAUCACGCCGACGGGGAUGAGUGGAGGGUUUUCAGAGGUGUUCUCCCUCAGAGACCAGCUGAAACAAGCCGAGGAGAAAGCAUCACAGGUCCAGAGAGAGUGUGAGGGACUAAAAGGAGAGCUUGUGGAACUGCAGGGGCGGUAUGAGAGCAGCCGGAGGGAGAGGGCGGAGCUAGAGGCGGAGCUGCAGCGUUGUAGGGCGGAGCUUGAUCGGCUGGCCGGGAGGAAGGCUCAGAGCUCCACUCCUUCGUCUGAGUGCCCUAUUCUCUCCAUACACUUCAUAGGAAUGGUUGUAAUAAUGGGCCUGAUAUGGUGCUGCUGGAAGGAGCUCUUGUCCUAAAGGGGGAAAGGAGAGUGAGGGAGACUGGAACCUGGUGAUGGUUGUUGCAGUGGCAGCAGCAGCAGUUCUACUCAUUCCUAGUUUCACCAGAGCUCUGGCCUGAGACCUGGACAGGAAGUGACCUCAUCGUCCCACUCUGCCCAUGAUACACAAUUCUAUCACCCUGACCACACUUAACCACCAAUGGGAACUGAAAACCACCACUCCGCUGGGAACACGAUAACACAUAGCUUCCAAAUUUGAUGCUUUUUGGUGUGCAUCGUGAUGCUGGUUAUUUGCCGUCUCAACUGCUUUGCUCUGCUUUUGUAGACAAUCAUAUCCGUUUCGACCAGCAGUGCAACAGCCACUGGCACCUGGCUGUGAGUAUUUAAACUGUCAGAAUGGACAACGACUCUGAGAGCUUCUGAUUGAUCUGGCUCCCCGCUUUCCAUUUCAUUAGUGGUUUUCUUUCACAAAACUGUUUGCCUUAUCACUUUUCAAUAGAACAUUUGCACAUUUGACCUCUAUAAGCAGAUUCCUGAUCACUUGGGGAACGAAGAGGACACCGUUUUCCUCAACAAUGCUUUGGAUGCAACAUAUCACUUUGUGCUUCAUUGCUUUUGGAUUAAGUAGGAGCAUGCAGUACUUAUUUAAUUUCCCUGGAUCUUCCCAUUUUUAAUAAUUACUUACCGAAGUCUUAAUAUAGUCAGAAUCAUGUGUUUAGGUUCACUUACCGAAAACUUCUUUCACUUUCGACCAUGGCAUGUUCUCUUUGGUUUCUAACUCAAAAACUCUGUAGGUAACUGUACAGUACUUCUCUAUAGUCUAGCGAAGGAGAAUACUCAUCUAAUGUAUACUAUUUGUCAUUUUUACAUACAUUUUGGUGAAAAACUUCAAAGUUUAAGGUUAUUCUAGCAAGUUAAUGUGCUUAUUUUGAACUUACACAGAUAUUUUUGUAUCUGAAUUGUUUAUUCCAAGACAUUAAAUUUGUAGAUUGAUUUUAUGUGUGUAGAUUGAAAAAUGAUGCUAAAGAGUGAUAGAUAUUUUUAUACAAGGGUUGACUAAUGCAUACACUUAAAGAACACUAAAAGAAUUCUGAAACAAGUGUAAUGAGCAAGCACAGAUCUACUGUAUUCCACUAAUGUUGCAUUGAUGAUUUCUUCUGAGGUUAUUUUUUUGCAUGUUUGAAAUAACAAAACACAGCUGACAUAUAUAUCUAUACAAUGUCUUCUCUGCAAAGAAACUGACAGAGUUUGAAAGGUUUUACAGUAAGUACAAAAUGUCAUGAAAAAGUGGUUCUCAUCUGGUGUCUGAACCCAAAAAACGAGAUGCUGGAUGUUUAUUUUAGGAAAAACUAUCCUAAAAUAAAAUUAAAAUACUGUAGCAAAAUGAAAAAGCUUAUAAAAAUGCAAAAUAAGACCUGAAAUGCUUUCCAUACCUUUCGUAGUCGGUAAAUCUUCACAAAUCGUAUCAUGCAUAUCACUGGACCUAUGCAGUUCAUGCUAAUAUUAAUAAAUGUUAAAUGUUUGACUUUAUUUUUUUCUCUCUCAAAAUACGAAAAAUAUUUUGUUAGUUUAUCUGGUUGCCACUUGAUGUACUGUAAGUGUAAAAACCAGCUGAGAACUACUGCAUAAACCCUUACAUAACAGCGUGACAAAGAUGUUUCUUACAAUGCAAUUCAAAUCUGUAGCACAAAUGACGUAAAUAGCAUGCAUUGAGUAGCUAGCUAAUAAGAAUGCUAGAAGCAGAAACUUCCAUACUGCCUUUCACCAAAAAAUUUAUAAUGAUAAGAAACUUGUCUUAAAUGAUGUUUAUUUCACUAAAGAUGUUUAAAACUUAGAAAUAUGUACUUAUAUGUAGCAUUUUACAUCAGAGGUCACAGUUUUGAGGUCUGUGUGUAUUACAGAUGUACCUUCCUGUAUGAAGAUUAAUAACACUGUCACUGAACUCAUAUCCAUCAUGUACUGAUUCUGGUAAAUUAAUGCUUGGAGCCUCGAGGUACUAUUGUUACGAACAGAAUCUUUGACUUUAUAUGUACAGUAUCUAUUAUUAUAUAAUCAUUUCUGGUAUACACACAACUUGUCUUCACCUGAUGUCUUGUGGGUGUCAUUUUCAACAAACAGCACAAAGUAGACGUCUUAUCAAAGUGACUAAAUCAUAGUAGACAUAUUUGCUUGCAGACGGCUGACUUGUGUUGUGGCGGUGAUCUUUGUAGUGUGGUUUUAAGACCUGGCAUUAGUUGUUCCUGAGUCUCUGUGUUUGGGAAUAUUUGAAGUAUGCCAAGGUCCUUCCAGUGGCGUUUUCUGCUCCUUUUGAUAGACUCAGAACUCAGUGGUAGCACAACUGAAUGUUCAAUAUAUCUGUGGUCAGCUGACUUUCUAUAAGACCGUGCAUGCUACACAGUGAUUUGUCUUUGAAAUAAAUGUGCUAUUUGUGCUGUACUGCAUUGGAACGUUUGUUACUUUGAUGAAAUGGAAUUUCGAAAACGUGUUUCACAUCACAAGGAGCAAAUUUAUUUUACUCUUCCACUCAGCACUUGUAAAUGAUGUAAUAUGUACAUAUUGUGUAUUUGCAUGUCUAUGGCAGUAGAUUCUGCAUGCCGAGUGAUUGAAACCAGUGGUAGAUUUGAGCUCCUGUGACAAUUUUUGUAUGAUUAGACUUUGCAUGAUUUGUCCAACUUUUUUUUUUUUUUUUUUUUUGCAGUUUUAACAUAUUUCACAUUUGCUUUGUGUUGAAAAAUGAAGACCAGUGUAAUUUAGGUUCUCGUUCAAUUUGUUUAAUCUGUUCACUCAGUUACUUUGGCUGUGGAAGAAACUUAUGGUUUGAAAGUGUCCAGAAUAUUAAAAAAAUAUAUGUAAUCAAGAGUUUAUAGCAACUUUUGGAAAGCCCAGGCGUUCUCCAAAUGGACCUUAUUAUGAAUUAUCAUGUAAAAUGUUUCAGAUUAUCAGUGAAUUUUGAAUGUCACGUUGUUUUAAUUUAAAGGAAUAGUUCACCCAAAAAUGAUAAUUUUCUGAAAAUGUAUUCACCAUCAGGGUUCAGGCCAUUCAAGAUGUAGAUCAGUUAUUUUUUUCAGAUUCUGGUGAAUUUAACAUUACUUCACUCACUCACCAAUUCAUCCUCCGCAGUGAAUGGGUGCUGUCAGAAUGAGAGUAUAAUCUUGAUAAAAACAUCACAAUAAUCCACAAGUUCUGCUGUAGUAGAUAUAUUAUGGCCUUGUGAAGUGAAAAGCAGCAUUUUUGUAAGAAACUUGCUUCGAGGCAUGUUUACUUUAAACCAUUGCUUUUGGCCAUAGUUCAUUAUAAUUCUUUUUCCAGUGAAAAGUCCAUCCCUUGUUGUCCUCUCACAUCAAAUUCCAAGACAUAUUUGGUUAGAACUGUUUUGGACAGUAUUUUGCUUGUAAACAGUUCUUGAUCUGAGCAUAUUUCUCUCCUGAUUCAGAGGAGAUGACGUUUUCACUGGAUAAAACAAUUUUAUGGAUAGAGGACUCAUAUUUUAGCUGGAAGCAAUGGUUUGAAGUUAAAAUCCCUUUAUGAUGGAUUUGAUUCUUAAGAGCACACAGCUUUUCACAUUUUUCUAUCAGCUGUUUGGACUCUCAUUCUGACGGCACCCAUUCACUGUAGAGGAUCCAAUGGAGAGCAAGUGAUGUAAUGCUAAACUUCCCAACUUUCCUUUUUAAGAUGAAAUAAUAAAACUCAUCCACAUAUUCGGUGACCUGAGGGUGAGUAUAUUUUCAGCAGAUUUUCAUUUUUGGUGAGCUAUUCCUUUAAGUCCAUUCUGUGUAUUCCCACUCCAGACCAGUUCUCUCUUCUGUUCUGUUUAUCUUGUAAUUAAAGUAUUUUGGUUUUUGAGAGAAUUGCAAAUUGUACAGACUAUCAUAAUCAUUAGAAAUGUAUUUGUAAGUGGCGCUUUACUGGAUGUUGGAGGGUGGUAAUGUACGGAGAUGUCGGUAUGUGGUGUUGUGGCGAUACUGCUGCGUGUCUGUAUGUGCUUGUAUAACUGUAACUGUUCUAUACAGUGUCUUUGACAUGUUUACAUGUUGUCUUGCCUUAACAGGCAUUUAUUUAAAAAUAUUAAUGAAAUUUGAAGUAUUUUGGUAACCAUGUAUAUUUUGUAAAUGAACAGGAACUAAUAAAGUAGUUUAUCCAGAGCAUCUUGA